GGCGGCAUGGCGGAGGAAAAGGCGGAGAAAACCUUGACGGACGAAAAUGCGUUCGAAGCGCUGGAGAAAGAUUUCCAGGAGGUGCUCAGCGAGCUCACCGGCGACAAGAGCCUGGAAAAGUUUCGGGUGGAGUACGAAAAGCUGCACGCGGUCUUGAAAAAAUCCUACGAAAACGAGAAGCGCCUGAUGUCCAAAUGUCGCGAGCUGAACUCCGAGAUCGUGGCCAAUUCGGCCAAAGUGUCCACGGCGCUCAAACUUUCCCAAGAGGACCAGACGACGAUUGCGUCUUUAAAGAAGGAAAUAGAGAAGGCGUGGAAGAUGGUGGACGCAGCCUAUGAGAAGGAGCAAAGAGCCAAAGAUACCAUCGGCUCCUUGAAAGGCGAGAUCAACAAUCUGUCCAAGCUGGUGGAGCAAGGAUCCGGGCUAUCCACGGGGCAGGAGCACAGUUUAAAUGAAUUACUGACUGUCAAGGAGGAGCUGACCCAAGAGAGAGACCAACUGCUAUCCGAAGUAGUAAAGCUGCGCGAAAGUCUAAUGCAAGCAACCACUAAGCAGCAGGAGGCGGAGAAACUCAAAGAGGAGGCGGAGCAGACCAUUUCUCAGCAUCAGCAGGAGAUUCAGGUGCGUCAGAACGAGGCGUCUCGGGAAGCUCGCAAAAAGGAGAAGCUGGAGAAGGACCUGAGGAGUAUGCAGACCGAGCUGGACAAUAAGCACUCGGAGAUUAGAUCCUUACAGCAAAUGUUACAGAAGAACAAAGAGGAACUUCAGAAACUGGAACAGCAGCUUAAAGAAACAAAGAUCCUGCACGAGAGAGUCAACAAAGAAGUGGAGCAUUUUCAGGUCAGAAACACCAAACUCCAGCAGGACAAUGAGCAAAACGGCAUCUCCAAUGAGCAGCUGAUUCAGGAGAACCAACAGAAGCAGCUGGAAUUAAAGUCUAGAGAAGAAGAGGUCGGUCAGAUGAAACACGAGAUUUCCAAACUUUCCAGAGCCAGAGAGGCCAUGCAAAGGAAGUACAGACAAAUGGAGGAACAGAAGACUGAGGUGGAGCAGGAGAGAGAGACACUGAAAAAUCAGAUUACUGGACUUGAGAGAGGGCUGGAGUCUGCAAAAAAACAAGCUGAGCUAGAUAAGAAGGCAGUGGACGAGCUGGUGAGAGAAAGGGACAUGCUGAACAAGAACCUCCUGAAAGCGGCUGGCGCCACCCAGAAGCAACUCAACUUAGUGAAACUCCACGAGCAGUCCAAAAAGAACCUGGAGGAGGAAAUAACUAAUUACAAAGAUGAGGCCCAGAAACAGCGAAAGAUUAUCUACCAACUGGAGAAGGAGAGGGACCGCUACAUCAAUGAGGCCAGCGAUCUGACACAGAAGGUUCUCCAGCACAUGGAGGAUAUUAAAGUUCGGGAAAUGCAGAUCUUUGACUAUAAGAAGAAGAUCGCAGAAGCAGAAACUAAGCUGAAGCAACAGCAGAACUUGUAUGAGGCUGUGAGAUCAGACCGCAACCUGUACAGCAAAAACCUCAUAGAAGCUCAGGAUGAGAUUACGGAGACGAAGAGAAAAUUGAAAAUCAUGAACCAUCAGGUUGACCAGCUAAAGGAAGAGAUUUGCUCCAAAGAGUCGGCGCUCGUGAAGUCUCACGUCGACCACCAGCGGGUAGAGAAAGAAAAAGAAGCUCUGAAGGCUGAACUGCAGAAAAUAAAACAGCAAGCCACUGAGACACAACAACUGAUUGACAACCAGAAGGUGGAAGAGAGACGGCUCCUGAAGAUUCUGUCCGACGCUGACGCAGAGAGAUUGCAGCAGAGGAAAGAACUCGAUCAGGUGAUCAGCGAGAGGGACAUUUUAGGCACCCAACUGGUCCGCAGGAACGAUGAAUUGGCUUUGCUGUAUGAGAAGAUUAAAAUCCAGCAAUCCAUCCUGAACAAAGGAGAGAGUCAGUACAAGCAGAGGGUGGAAGACAUCAGACUGCUCAAACUUGAGAUCAAGAAGCUGAGGAGAGAGAAAGUAAUCCUCACCAAGACCGUGGCCAAUGUAGAUGACCUCAGGCGGGAGCUCUAUCACAUGCAGCGGGAGCUGAUGAAAGAAAGGACGCGGUGCAGAGCCUUGGAGGAGGAGCUUGAGAACCCCAUGAAUGUCCACCGGUGGAGAAAACUAGAGGCCAGCGACCCCAGCACCUAUGAGCUAAUCCAGAAGAUACACACUCUGCAGAAACGUCUCAUUAGCAAAACCGAGGAGGUGGUGGAGAAGGAGCUGCUCCUACAGGAGAAGGAAAAGCUCUAUGUGGAGCUGAAGCUAAUUUUGGCGCGACAACCAGGACCAGAAGCCGCUGAGCAACUGCAGAUCUAUCAGCAGACACUACGGGAAAAGGGAAAACAACUAAAGGCUCUUUCAUCAGAACUGAACAUGUACGAAUCUCAGAACCAGGAAUACAAAUAUGAGAUUGAGAGACUGGCCAAUGAGCUGCAGAGCGUGAAGAAGAAAUAUCUUUCCCAAAAACGUAAAGAGCACCAAGCCAGGGAGAAGGAGAGAAGUAUGGUAGACAUGGACAUGGACACACAGUAUCUGCAGCAGCAAAGAACAGAUGUACCCCGUUUCAUAGGAGGGGGAUUCCCACUCGGCCACAUGCCCAAGAUUUCAGCUUAA